CGAAUUAUCGCGCGUUGUGCCGUCGCUCUUCCCAAUUGUGGAUUCCCCGGCGUCGUAAACCUCCGCGAAGUGCGCCUGACAGAAUCCCAGAAACUCCAAGCCAAAUCCCCCUACCCCGGUUCUCCUCUCUGCGCACCGCAAAAUCAUACCCUCUCAUACUUCAACACGACCUGCGAAAAUGAUAACCCGCUUCCUCACCGACAUCCGCGUGCAAUUCAACCCCUUCUCGCCGUCGUCCAAAUCCGCGCGCCUCUUCCUCUCACUCCUCCCGCCCAACGCCCGCGCCGACGGCAUGAAGAUCGAGUCCAAGAUGUUGCCCCGGAAUAGCAAGGAGCCUGCUAGGCUGGGCAUCAAGUUCAAGGACGGCAAGGAGUUGAAUCUCGAGGUGGACAAGAUGCGGAUAACGGAGGUGACGGAGCAGGUGGAUCGGCAUUCGAGGAUAUUGGCCAGGCAGGAGGAGUUGGCUGGGAACUGAGAUCGGGAAGCGUGGGCGCUGUGCUGCGAAACAAAGAAAUCCUCGAAUGAAUUGCGGGAAAGUCUUGGUGGUUCACAUAAAUGGAAGGUGUUGUACAUUUAGCGAUGGUCGGAAAUCACUGCAUUGCGUGGGGAAACGUUUAUACAGUAUUCCGGACAUUGGGUGGUAUGCUGGUGGAAGAGUGGUAUGUACGAUAGAGGAUAUACCCACGAGGCUCCAUAGCCACAAGAGACGGAACUCAAGAGUCUUCUCACCGAAAGCUGGGGAAGUUCCGCAUGGUUUCAAUGGGCAUUUGAGCUUGCUUUCUUAUUGGUAUCUUUGGGCUAUGCUUUGAAUUUCAAGGAUAACUCCACCAAGGUUUACAUCCUUUCUAGAUCACGCAGAGAGACCUUUGCGAUUGUCUUGCUGUUAGCUUUUAUACGCCGAAACAUUCAAUGCUACAGUA